AAGGAAAAAAAACUUGACCCGUGACCUUCAUUAAAACAGAAUUUGCUUUUGUUUUUUUUUUAAUUUUCAGUAUACAUGUGCUUAAUCUUACCCAAUAAGUGAUAAAAAUUUGAAAAUUAAUUUUAAUUACUGGUGUAAAGUGACAUAAACAGCUUAAUAAACACGUGUUUUCUUGAGGGGGUGUGGCCCGGGUGUGGCACAUCCUGACAUCGCAUUGUUUGUAACUUUAUAUUUCUGUGUUUUAUGACUAUAUUUGUUCACAAUCAGCAUGCUAUGCUUUUAAUUUUGAUAAAGGGUAAGUAUACCAAGUUACAAAACCUGAAAUCUAACUAAUAAUUCAUACUUUCAGUUUAAAAAAUAAUGAAAACGAUCAUCAAUGAAGAAAGCGUAAACAUUCUAUUUUUAGGUGUGACAUAAAAAAACAGUCAUAAAUCUAGCCAAAUGAUUGGAUUCUUGCGCAGCACACAUUUUCCCGCGCCUCGUUUUCACUAAGCAAGAUUAUAAUAAAAUGGCAUUAUUGGGGGGUGAUCGUUUUCCCACGCACAUAUCUCAUUAACACGCCAAAUUAUUACCAGUUAAUGGUAAUGUGUGUAAAAUUAAUACUUUAAAGUUUACAUCUGACAUAAGCUGGUUUGCAUCUGGAAGCGAUAUGUAAGAGUUAUUUGAUAUAAAAGACAAGAAUUCAUAGAGCUACUUUCACUAAGGCGCCGCUUGCGAGACAAACAAAGGAAUUAGGCCAAAAGUAGAUCCGACAAUUCUUAAAUAACAGACUUAAAUAGAAACGGAUAGUUCCGAUUUCUUAAAUUAACGAUGGCUUCGUAAUCAUUAGUUUUAUCGCUCUACCCAUUAGUGAAAGCGAAACUGGUCGCCAUUUUUGGUAAGCGCAUGAGCCGUGAGAUGGCUUCAAAACAACAAACCCGGAAGCUGCGAAUUCGAACGGCCUACCUACAGUGGCCUACACUAUAAGACAAGUAUAAAUUGUAAUGGAUCAAGAGAAAGCUAAAGUUCUAUUUGAACAUGGUGCUGUGUUUCUUCUUAUUGACUUUCCUGAAGGCUAUGAAUUUGGAAUAGAUUAUACUUCUUGGAAUGUUGGUCCAAAUUUCAGAGGUGUUAAAAUGAUUCCAGCAGGCACACAUUUUAUUUAUUACAGUGCUAUUAAUUCUCUGGGUCAGACAUCCCCCAGGUGUGGUUUCUACUACCAUUUUUCACCAAAAGAAAUUGUUGUUAGAAAAUGGGAUGCCAAGAGUGAGGACAUAAUAGCUGUUACCAUGUCAGAAGAUGAAUUACAAAGAUAUGAGAUCAACAAGCAAGAACUUGAUAAGUUUCUUGGACCAUAUCCUUAUGACAAGUACAAACAGUGGAUAUCAUUAACUAAUCAUAUAAGUCAAGACAUCAUCCAACUUCUAGAACCAGACUCAAAAACAAUUUACUCAUGUGAUCAGUUUGAGUCUGAAACUAGCACAACUCAAUCCAGGCUCGCAGCUGAUGCACUAGCACUAGAGCAAAUGGAGAUUUCCACACCGGUCAAGACCAGCAAACUUCCUAAACUAAUAAACGUCAAAGGGACAAAAGUUAAAUAUGUAGCCCUACCCAAGCAGAGGUACCCUCAUGGGUCAACACCAGCUGAAAUCACUAAAUUCAGCCUAGAUUCCUCUUACAUUUUGGAGCUUCUUUUAGCUGAGAGAUUCAAUUCAAACAUCAACAAUUUAUUAGGUGAAGUUCAGUUUGCUUUCAUAUGUUUUAUAAUAGGACAAAAUUAUGACUCAUUUGAGCAGUGGAAAAAGCUGGUACAUUUACUGUGCACUAGCAGUGACGCCAUUGUAAAAUAUCCUGAUGGGUAUUUGUCAUUUAUCACUAUGAUUUAUUUCCAAAUUCGUGAGAUACCAUCUGAUUUUUUUGUUGAUAUCGUCACCAGUAACAAUUUUCUUACAUCAACACUGCAUGAAUUUUUUCAAAAUUUACUCAGUGAGAGUGUAAAUGCAUCGCUUAAGACCAAAGGUUUGAAAUUCCAAAAGCAUCUGACUGAACGAUUUCACUGGGAUUUUUCUUCUGAGCCAGAUGAAUAUGCUCCUGUGGUUUUUGAUUCUUAAUGGAAAUAAAACAAUGGGACAGCACAAA